AUGAUUCGAGUUUCCAUCUCAUGUGUCCCUGCAUUCCGACUCACCCUAGCUAGCCUACCCAUCCUAGGCAUCGCUUUGCCGGCGUCGGGAUGUCCACAAGGUCCUGUGACUCCCGACCCUGGGGACAGCGACCUAAGAGGACGGACAUCAGCAACUCUCUAUGGAUCUUUCGAAGCUUAUAAUAUUAAUAAACAUCUCAAAUAUAUCCCUCUACGAGCAGCAAAAGCUGAGCAAGAAAUCAUUCGUCCAUUGACAAAGUAUCCUCCUUCCAUUUCGGGUUUCGCUUUUGCAGAUCUAUGUGCAAAAGAUUUGGAACUGGAAUCAUAUGCUAAAGAGGCGGACGUUCUUAAAGAAAGGGUAAAGGAUAUGUUAAUGCAAUCUACACAAGAGUUAACUCAAAACGUUGAAUUUAUCAACUUAUUAUGCCGGCUUGGUCUGUCUUAUCACUUCGAGAAUGACAUUGAAGAGCAAUUAAAUCAUAUUUUCACUUCACUUCCUAAUUUCUUCAUUGGAAAUGAUUAUGAUCUCCACACUGCAGCACUUAUCUUUCGAGUUCUAAGACAAUAUGGAUAUAAAGUGCCUUGCGAUGUGUUUAACAAAUUCAAAGACAACAAUGGAGAGUUCAAAAGAACCAUCACCAAUGAUGCGAAGGGCCUACUUAGCUUAUAUGAUGCCAGCUUUCUAAGUGUACAUGGAGAAGAUAUUUUAGAUGAAGCUCUUAAAUUUACGAAGCAACACUUGGAAAUCUUAGCUGCGCAAUCAAGCCCUCAUCUUGCAAAACAGAUAAGGAAUGCUUUACAAGGACCAAUCCACCAUGGUAUGCAGAGACUAGAGACUAUGAAAUAUAUAUCACUUUAUCAAGAAGACGAAUCUCGAAAUGAAACUCUACUCGAGUAUGCAAAGUUGGAUUAUAAUCGAGUGCAACUGUUAUAUAGACAAGAGCUAGCAUCACUAUUGAGGUGGUGGGAAGAGUUGAAUCUUACGGAAAAGCUUCCUUUUGCAAGAGAUAGAAUUGUAGAGGUGUAUGUGUGGACACUUGGAUGCCUAUCUGAACCUCAAUGGGGUCGUUGUCGAGUAUUAAUAGCUAAGUAUACACAAAUGGAAAUGACAACCGAUGAUGCAUAUGAUGAAUAUGGUACAAUUGAUGAACUCCAACGUUUUACAGAUGCAUUUCAAAGGUGCAGUAUUGAUGCAAUCGAUCAUCUUCCAGAAUACUUGAAACAUCUGUACAAGGCAAUAUUGAAGCUUUUUGAAGAAACAGAGAACAAUGGCAAUAUUGAAGGAAGCUCUUACAAAACCUCUUUUGCCAAAGAGAUGUUCAAAGAGGUUACGAGAUCAUACAUGCUGGAGUCUCAAUGGCUUAGUGAUGGCUUCAUACCAACAUUCGACGAGUACUUGCGCAAUGGAUCGAUCACAAUUACAGGUGACUUGCUUGCAUCGGCAUUCUUUCUGGAACUAAAGGAUGCAGGAAUUAAAGAUAUGGUUUGGCUACGAGAAAAUCCAGGAAUCGUCAAGGUUUCCAAGUUAUUUGCACGUCUUUGUGACGAUAUAACAAGCCACGAGGGAGAGAAAAAGGCAGAUGCUGUGGAAUGUUACAUGAAUGAAUUUGGUGUCUCAAGAGAGAAGGCAAUUGAGGAAAUUACAAAAAUGAUUGAAAAUAUAUGGAAAGACGUAAAUGAGGAAUACAUGAAGCCAAGUGAUCGAGUAUCAAGGACGGUUCUCAAUUAUUUUCUCAACUUUGUACGCGUGUCUGAAUUGGUGUUUAUAGUUGGUCGCGAUGCAUAUACCUAUUCGACCAAUGUUGAAGAUUGUGUCACCGCAUUGUUACUUGACCAAUUCCCAUUACGAAAAUUAUUAAUGGAGGAAAUAUCACAAUAAAGUUAAAUUAUUAUUGCUA